AGCGCAGUCGCCAAUGCGUCCCUUAUCUACAGGUCCCCCUCUAAUCUACUCUGCACCGUAAUCUUUUCCCCUCCCCCUCAGCUCUUCUCCUCAAACCAUCUUCUUUCAUCAUUUACUCCUGUAACUCGUCGCUUUCACCUUCAAGAACCUCUUUGCCCUAUUUCAAUUGUUUGCUCUGCUCAGUCUUCAGGCGUCGCAGACCUUAACCCCACAUACUUACUUAUCUAACACCACAAAACAAACGUCACAAUGGUUAAAGCUGUUGUUGCCGGCGCCUCUGGUGGCAUUGGCCAGCCCCUCUCGCUGCUCCUCAAGACCAGCCCUCACGUUGACGAGCUUGCUCUCUACGAUGUUGUUAACACUCCCGGUGUUGCCGCCGACCUUUCUCACAUUUCCUCCACUGCGAAAAUCACAGGCUACUUGCCCGCCAACGACGGCGCCAAGGCUGCCUUCAAAGAUGCCGACAUUAUUGUCAUCCCCGCCGGUAUUCCUCGCAAACCUGGUAUGACCCGUGACGACCUUUUCAACAUCAACGCCGGCAUUGUCAAGGGUCUUAUCGAGGUCGCCGCCGAGGUCGCCCCCAAGGCUUUCAUCCUCGUCAUUUCCAACCCUGUUAACUCUACAGUACCCAUCUCCGCCGAGGUUUUGAAGUCCAAAAACGUCUUCAACCCCCAGCGCCUCUUUGGCGUUACCACAUUGGACAUUGUCCGCGCCGAGACCUUCGUCGCUGAGAUUAUCGGCCAGAAGCAGCCUCAGACGCUCACUAUCCCCGUCAUUGGCGGCCACUCGGGCGAGACCAUUGUCCCCUUGAUCAGCAAGGCCAACCCUGCUGUUUCUAUCCCCGAUGACAAAUAUGACGCUCUUGUCAACCGUAUCCAGUUUGGUGGUGAUGAGGUUGUCAAGGCCAAGGAUGGUGCUGGAUCCGCCACCCUCUCCAUGGCUUACGCUGGCUUCCGAUUCGCUGAGAAGGUUCUCCGCGCCGUCAAGGGCGAGACUGGCCUUGUCGAGCCCAGCUAUGUCUACCUCCCCGGUGUUCCCGGAGGCGAGGCUAUCGCCAAGCAGACUGGCUGCGAUUUCUUCUCUGUUCCUAUCCAACUCGGACCUAACGGUGCCGAGAAGGCCAUUAACCCUCUCGAGGGCAUCACCGAGAAGGAGAAGGGUCUCCUGGAGAAGGCUGUCGAAGGCCUCAAGGGAAACAUCGCCAAGGGCGUCGCCUUUGCGCACAACCCUCCCCAAAAGUGAAUAACCCCUCCCCCUUCGUGUCCCUUUAUUUUGAGUAAGGUGCCGAUCGCGUAACAAUGGCCCAUUGCAACAGCAUAGCUAGAAGCCUAGCCGUAGUAAAUCAUUGUUUUGACUAGUUACUGAUCUGCUUUUUUUCCAACAGGCUGUGAGGCAACUGCUCCAAGAUAAGGCAGGAUGCUGUUAAGGCAGAGAACGGAGAGAUUUGAGGCUGGGCCGUUGUUGCUGGUGGUUGAUCGAUGUCAUUGGAUACGGAAUACUAUCCAUCAAAAAUUGGCCAAUUAGAAGGAGCCGCUAAGGGGAAAGAAACGCCAGGCUCCAAUUAUGCCCCCAGUACUCUUUGUGGCUGCAGUUUAUGA